CUGAGGCGUGACAGCGGCAAUAUCAACCAGGCAACGUGCGUGCAUUCGCGAGCCGUUCGCUAACCUGUCACACACACGACGCGCGACGCGAGUAUUUUGACGCGGUUACCUCGGCGUGUGUCGUCCUCGUGUACGUUGUCGGAACGUACGAAACGGAAGUGAACGGCCGCGGGAAUUCGGAAGCGCGAUCGCGAAUGGAGCGGUGACAGAGGGGACGGAUUCGCACCGGCGCGAAUUCGAUCGAACGGCCAUGCUCGAUCCGAUCUGUGUGCAACGAGUCUGGGAAUGCGCGAGCCCGGUACGACGACGACGGCGGCAGCAGCUCGUGUACCGCAGCGUGCAGGACAGCAUUUUCGAAGCGUGACGAUUCGCCGAUGGAAACCCGCCCCGUGCCGCGGAGGCGAGCGUGAUUUUUGGCCGCGACCCGACGCGGCGACCAGCCGACGAAACGGCAGCUUUCUCAGGAUUCAUCGGAAGAAGAGAUGGACAAGCGUACAUUUCAUGAAGGAAGGAAAAGGAAAUUGUGAAUGAAUGUGUAAAAAAUACGUUUUAAUGAAAUAACAACGGGAUUGCCGUCUAAUAAACAAUUCCAUUCGUGUCGUUUCUGCAAUGCAGAGCAACGCUUUGUAUUUUCCUCGGUGAAGCGGUAACCAGUUAAGUGAAAAAGUAAAAUAUACGAAGGGGUAAAUGGUGUCGCGUGAAAAGUGCCCUUGGACAACGGAUUCGUGAAAAUGAAGUGUUGUUCUCUCUCUGCAAGCUCCACCGAGAAGACACGCAAGUAUAAUUUCGACCGCGAUCGCACGGAGAAUCACGCCAAAUGGAAGCUUUGAAACACGCAGUUAACGGAAUUGCGGAAAAAGCGUCGAUAUCUUCUUCCGUGGACCCGGUGCGCUUCCGAAAAAUGGACGAAACUGGAUUCCGGAAACGACAGGUGUGGGAGGAACACCGGGAUCGCCAGGAUGCAGGAGCGACAAGAUUCCAGGUGCACAGGAUAGAAUGAAUCGUCGGGAGGACCCGCUGUUACGGCAGCAUCGCAGCCGUUUGCUGCAAUUGGCCGAGGCGACGAACAUCAAGCCUGGCCGUGGCAGCGGGAAAAGACGCGGACAGAGACAGUCGCAUGGUUUUGGGUCCAGUAACGGCGGGCCCAGCCGCGUGACGCUCCAGGAUAUCGUCAGGAACGAUCCUGGAUACACGCCGAACAUCGAGCAUUUGGUGUUUCCGGAGCGCAAGAGCAGCAAUCCGAAUUUGACUGGUGUCAUCGAUGGCUCGCCGCCAAGUAAAUCCAAGUCAAAUGCAACGAGCUCGGGAAGAUCCAGAAUCGCCGAGGUUUUCGCUCGGCAUUACGCAAGAGGAUCUUCGCAGGACUCGUCCGUUACGUCCAGAAAGAAUCACGUGAAUAGCACGUCGUUGGAUAGUGGGAGCGCGAUAGGUCAUCAGCCGGGGCCUGGCGGGCCCACGGUGGUGACGCGAAACGCCGGGCGCCGCUGGCUCUCGCAGAACUCGCAAUCCUCGAGACAGCACUCGGCCGAGGAUGGGGUACGUGGGGGCAAUGUGGGCGUCGGAGGGCCCGUUUCGACCUUGUCCUCGAGUCAGGCCCCCGGUCAGAACGCGCCUCCCGCCCUGCCGCCGCGCAGAGUCAGUCCGGCCGCGGAUACAAGCGAGAUCACCAACGCGGGUUCUAUCUCGCGUGUCGACAGAGGCCCGAACGUGUCGAUCCUCCAUCUCCGUAACGCGUCAGCGGACCCUUGGGAGGUUGGCUCUCAAGGUUCCUCGUACAGCGUCGGCAGCAACAAGAGUCAGACAGCGAGCGGCAGAGGGAAAUCCGGCGGGAACGCGCGUGGAUCCUACAACCGUGGUAGUUCGAUACCAUCCUUGAAACGUCAUGAUACAUCCACGUCGGCCACUCCGACGUCGAAUCUCAAGCAGCAUCGCCAAGACGGCCACGGCCAGGUCUCUACCAGUUCUCGUCGACGCGAUGCCGUGAACUCCUUUCUGUCGGGAAACAGCGGCACCUCCGGCGAGUUGUUCAUCAGCGGCAGUUGCAGCCGCGAGCUCUCGCCCGUGCGAUGGUGCGAUCGCGAGGUCGACGGCGUUUAUCUGGGUCGUUCUGGCUGGGUGCAGGUACAACAGCGGUCUCUCGACGAUAAUCGCCGUGCAAACUACGAGAGCAAUCUGGUGACCGCGACCACCGGCACUCUACCGUUGUCGCGACGGACAGCGGUCAAGUUGGCGGACUAUCAUUGCAACAGUGAGCCGGGCAAAUGUCCGCAGGACUUCACCAGAGGAUUGGACUCGCAGCGACCCGACUUUCUCGCACUACACAGUCAGGACUUCGACUCCAUUACUACUAGCACUUGCACGUCGCCGCAUAGCAUCCCGGAGUCAUUCUCUCCACCAUCGAUCACGCCAAUCAUAUCGCCGCCACCGGCGUUCCAAGAUGCCGUCGCCGGCAGGAAAUCCUCCUCCUCCAGACAUUCGUCAUCCUCCGCGGUGCGCAACAAUUAUGGCAAGGCCCCUUUCCUGCCGCGAUCGAACGCCAUCGUCGAUAGCGAUAUCAUUAGUCCGCCACCGUCGCCGCCAUCUCACCAGGUUAACUGGAGCUCCCUGCCGUCCGCGUCCAGAAAAAAUUCCGGCUUGGCGCCCUCCAGAUUGAAGAGGCAGAACGCCAGCCAGCAACAACAGCAGCAACAACAGCAACAGUACCGCAUGGCGCAGGCCAAGUCUCUAGAAGAUCAAUCAUCCUCCAGAAGAUCGCAAUUUGCGCAGAGAUAUAUCGAAUCGUCCAGCUCAUCAUCAUCGUCGAUGGGUUUCAGAAGCCUCGACAGUUGUGUUACAAAACCCGUUAUGCCUAGUUUGGCGGAGAAUACAGAUUCUUCGGUGGAAGGAUAUGAAGAUGGUGACGAGGAUGAUAACCCUAGUUCAUCUUUGAAUCUCAGUUUGGUGUCAUCAUCAGCUCUUGCGUUGAAUUCGUCCACAGAAUCGAUUCGUGCCAACGGCGAACGAAUAUCGCCCAACAGGCAAGGGAGAAUCCAUAGAAGCCAACAAGGGCUUAGAAGAUCACCUGGAUCCUCCGAAUCGGGCAAACAGAUGUUUAAUUCACCCUCCUCGUCAUCCUCCUCGUCCAGCAGCGAGGGACGACAAGGACGUUCGCCCACACCUAAUCCAUUCAGACGCGGCAAUCCCUCACGACAGCACCAGAGCGCUAGGACUAAUCAGGUAUCGCCCGAGUCUCAUCAAUCCAGAGUUAGAAGAUCCAGGAGUCUACAAUUACCGGAGAAAAGGUCACCGGGAACGACCGGCCCGCAGAGAGAUCACUCCCGAGAGUCGAACGAGGCACACAGGGUCGUUGUGAAGAUUGUGAAUGAUCGGGGAAGCGACAGGUCCAAGCGCCACGUUCUUCAGAACAGAAAGGCUCAGUCUACCGACGAUACCAUAAAUGAGAAUCUUUUCCGUGAAACGGAGAUGGUGACAGAAUAUUUGUAUGGCACGCGUAGUCGCGUUGUGCCGAGAAAUAUGUUGUCAAGCCGCUAUGAGCGUCGUGACGAGAACCAAGAGCAGAGACGAGGCAAUUCCAACACGUAUGACGUCUACAUCAUAUCUUCCAAGCAGCAGCAGCAGCAGCAACAACAAUCGUCGAAAGCACCGAAUUCUUCGCAGUCCCAGCAACAGCAGUCGCAGCAACAGCAGCAGCAACAGCAGCAACAGCAACAGCAGUCAAGGCGACCGCGGACACUGCAGAGAGGCGCUACGACACCAAACGCGAAUGCACCGUCCGUUAAUCAAGAUUUCUGCAUGAGUCCAGACACAAAGCUGCGUUGCAACAGCAGCACAUGCGACUUUUGGCCUCACUGCUCACAAAGGGAAACCCUGUACUCUCCGAAUCAGGCACCGCCGCCAGUUUUCAUGAAACUGUCACAGAGUUAUCCGGCGCAUCAGAGGCUUUCCACCGACGCUGGCAGUCAUCGCGGAAGCGCCAGCUCCUCGCCGGCUUCCCUCGAGCGAAUGGACGAGCGAGAGCUUCGUGAAAGGGAUAACUCGAGAAAGAGCAGAAACAGCCAGCAGGGCAAGUAUCAAGAGAGGCCCAAGAGCGUGCUCAAGCAGGGCAAUAAGUGGUCGCCGUUGGAGGGAACCAACGGGAAUGGCUCCGGUGUAGAGAAGAGAGAGCAAAUACACCGAGUAUACCGGAAGCCCGAUUUCUCGGGUUCUUUCGAAGGCGCCGACAGCAAGGAUAGAAGAGUGUCGCCCAUCCAAGGGAUGAACGUCGUCAAUAGAUCACCGAGCGGCGGCCCUGUCAUUUCCUCAUCGACGAACACGUCGUCGUCCUCGAGCAGUGACAUCUGGAUUACCACGUCGGACCGCACGGUGACGAAGAGCCCGCGAAAUGCGAAAAGCUCUGGUGCGUCCACGCCGAUGGACGAUGCCGUGAUCGGUUCGCUCAAGACGUUGAUUGAACCACCGAAGGACGCCCUGUCCAGGCCUGGUAGCGCGCCCACUCGGGGUGAAGACUCGCUUACGGGUAACAUCGUCCUGGAUCCUCACCAGCGGUCCUUGUCGCUGCCAAAGUCCUUCCUGGCGCACAACACGGCGGACGGCAAGUCGACAUCUUGGCAGCGGGGACAGGAUUCCCAGCGAUCCAGCCCUAGUCCCAGCAGACUCCGUCACGCGCAGGAAGCGGCCGCGUCUCACACAGCCCCCGUUUCCCCUUUGCAUGACUAUAGAACGAGUGGCCACGCUGGAAGGGAGAGGCGACGGGUUCCUGGUCUCAACAAGGCUCAACGGCGGAUCAAAGCUUCCAGCACCCCAGCACUUUUGGAUAGAAAUCAUGACAGUCGACAAUGGUCCGGCGACGAGGAGGACGAAGGGACCAGGAUAGGCCACGUGACGACCGAGCAUCCGUUGGCCGAGGCCACGAUCCCUCUGGUCAGUCAUUCCAGGCUGCAGGAGCCGUCUUCCGUCCUGAAUGUCGCCAAUGUGCCCACCGGCGGAAGUCAGAAUGCUGUGCAUCGCGCACAGAGCCAGCAAGAGAGCGUGCUGCAGAAAUUCCGUAAGAGCUUUUCGUUGAGGUUCCACAAGAAGGGCAGUAAGGAGAGCAACGAGGAAUGUCCCGCGGAAGACAAUGACGGCUCCGGGGCGUUGGACGAGGAGGACAGCGCGGAGACGCCUUCCGUAACCACCUCCGAUCAAAGCAGCCAGCACAAAGACGACUCGAGCAAUGACCAGAAAUUCCGGUUCGGACCACUCGUCUGGAGGAGCAGCAAGGAGAGGAAAAAGGGCAACAAAGCCGCCCGAAACGCCAAGUGUAACAGCGGAGACAGCGGCAUACAAAUCGAGAUGGUAUCUGGUGGAGCGUUGACUGGGGGCAGUGGUGGCGGAAUGAUGGGGGGUGGUGACAGCUCCGAGUCUCACGAUACGGACGACAUUCCCGACGACACCGAUAGCCCUCCGGCCCUUCGCAGACGAGUUGCCGAUAAAUUGCGGCCCCAGUCCGAGCUCAUCAACCAGAUACUGAUUGACAAGUUCAAGGCGGAUCUGCAGAAUCGCGCGUCGCGACAUAAUCACGUGCGUCGCACUAACAGCGAUCUAGGGGGGCAGAGGUUGCUCCAAUGGGACACCAGAUCCGGAUACGUUCACAAUUAUCGCAGGAUGCUGUCGACUCCGUCGCCGAUCAAGACGAGGCCGCCCAGGCUCAGUCCGAGGCACUCCUCCCAUGAUAUCGUUACGCUCAGAAGUAACGCGAAAGGGAGGAGUUCUCGGACAAAUUUGAGGCGGUCGCUUAGCCAGCCACUGGGAAUCAAUCAGCUCUCACCGCUGAUGCGCGCCAAAGCCGCAGUAGGCGCGAGAUUACCCGGUGGCAACGUGCUAUCAGAGGACGAGCAGGAUGGAAGAGCCGGCACAUCGGAAGACGACGAGAUGAUGUCCGAUUCCGAAUCCUCGAUCGCUUCCUUAACGGACAAGAAGAAGUCAUUCGAGCAGACGAUGGAUGAGGAAAUUGUCAUGUUGGCCGAGGCUGUUUGGGACCAUGUGGCAAUGGAGCCAGAGGAGCUGGCUUUUCGUGCCGGGGAUGUCAUCGACGUCUUCGAUACCCUGGAUAGGGAUUGGUGGUGGGGCAGCUGUAGAGGAGAGCAUGGUUGGUUUCCGGCCGCUUUUGUAAGGUUGCGCGUGAGUCAGGAGGACACGGUGGAGGAUUGUCUGGCCGCGAUGGCCUCGGGAGGAUCCUCGGGUACUCAGCUUAGAAAGCGGACGAGCGUCUCCCUGCUCUCGAACGAGCAGGUGAGAGCCAGCGUGGUUCGUGAGCUCGUUCAUACCGAGCGCGACUUCGUCAAAAUUUUGCGCGACGUGGCCGAGGGUUACAUCGCGGAAUGCCGCAGACGCACGGACAUGUUUACCGAGGAGCAAAUCGAGACGAUCUUCAUUAACCUCGAGGACCUCCUAGACUUUCAGUCUGAAUUCCUAAAGGAUCUCGAAGAUCGCAUUGACUGGAACGCGCCGUACAAGAGCUGUGUCGGCGAAUGCUUCCUCACUCAUAGGGCGGGUUUUCGCAUGUAUUCCGAGUACUGCAACAGCCACCCAAUGGCCACGGCGACGCUGCAGGAGCUCUACCAGCACAAUCGUUAUAGCAAAUUUUUCGAGGCCUGUCGACUGAUGAGGGGCCUCAUAGAGAUCCCCUUGGACGGGUAUUUAUUGACACCCAUCCAACGAAUAUGCAAAUAUCCCCUUCAAUUGGCAGAGCUACUGAAAUAUACGAAGACCGAUCAUCCGGAUUAUCACAAAAUCCAAGAGGCCUUGGAAGCGAUGAGAGAUGUCGCCGUAUUGAUCAAUGAGAGAAAAAGGCGGAUGGAAAGUUUGGAGAAGUUGGCCUCGUGGCAAUUGCGCGUAGAAGGUUGGGAGGGUGAGGAUCUCAUAGAAGUUUCGUCGCAACUUAUUUAUCAAGGUGAGGUGAUGAGAGUGAAGACUGGCAUGUGGACGAACAACAUCACGUUAUUCCUCUUUGACCAUCAACUGGUCUAUUGCAAAAAAGACAUUCUUAAGCGCAAUACUUAUGUCUACAAAGGUCGCAUCUACCUUGACACCAGUGAAGUCAUCGAUGUGCCUGAUGGAAAAGAUCUUCAAUCGGGGGUGACAGUGAGGCAUUGCCUGAAGAUAUACAGCUGCGUCCGGGAUAAAUGGUUGCUUUUCUGCUGCCGUACAGCAGAAGAGAAGCGGCGAUGGCUAGCGGCGAUGGCCGAGGAACGAAGGCUGGUAGCUCAGGACAGAAGCGACGGACUGGAGUUUCCAUCAGCGGCUAGACAGCUUGCCAGGCUUGCCGCCAACAGGCAGCAAAACAGGCCACCGAUCAAACCUCGUAAUGUUGCAGACAAAACGUAUAAGAGGGAAUCGGCAUACGAGAUGCCCACCACAAUGAUCGGUACCACAAAUUCACUGGGACGGAAGGUCGGAACUUGGUUCAUGUUUGGUAGCAGCAAGAAAAGCGCACGGCUUCAACCGUCCUGAGACAGGCCUACCUUCGUACCGUAUAUUGACCUAUAAAGCUGCGGCUAACGACGCUGUAUCGUCCUAUCGAAAUUCUGGCGCGAGACAUCUCGAUAUUAUUGGUUGCUUCAAGACUUAGAACCUUUGCGAGCAAGCCUGUGAAAAUAUCUUUAUUAAUCGAUACUCCAACUAGAGUAACAUUGCUUAUUUUGCACCAGUUAAAUCGUGGAAAUAAUUCUUUGUGGAUCGAUGAACGAACCACUGUUGCUAGGAUUUCGUAAUAUUGAGGAUGAACAGCGCCCCGUCAUACGUACGGCACGAAGGUAUUUAGGUAAUUCACAAGUGGAUUUUGUCCUACGAAGUAUACCUCUUCUUCUAAGGCAGGGAAAGUUAUCGCUAUCGACUUCAUCUACCGAUCAUGAUCAUCGUCCGUGGAGAGCAAUCCGCAGAAUUAAACUUCCAUUGAUUUUUCAUUCACUGCCUCUCUCACGGAAACAGACGCUUCUCUCUAUCAGGCAGAUGUUAUCGUCCAGUUUAGAUAUUUGCAGACAAAAGUCGCUCAUUAUAUGCCUAACCAGGAUUUUGUGGGUCUUCGAAUCGGUGCUCUCCAAACUCUUAGAUCUUAAAGCAAUGUUCGAUCAUCUUCAACGUAACGUUACGACAGUGCUCAAUUUGAAAAGCACCGUCCAGAGAGAGAACGUUUCGGAGAAGAAAAAUAUUUGUUAUGAGCUGAGAAAGGUGUAUAAUCGAUCUUGUAGAUAUUUGCCGUUAAAAAAAAACUACGUUUAAUAAUAGCGGACAUGAGGGUAGAUUAGGAAAAGUAGAAACAUUUAGAGAAAUAGAUAGUAAAUGUAUAAAGUCAAUAGCGGGCUUCUGAAGUACUAAAGAGAAAGUACUAGUCAUUCUUCAUCGCGCAAAUUCUUGAUAAACGCCGAUGAAACAUGAUAUACAUAUAUGAUGUAUUGUUACACACGCAAUCGCUUUUUGGAUCGAAAAGUUGGCAUGGUACGUCACACGGCUGUAUUUUUUAUGAUAAUCGAAAGACUGACGAUUGAGAUGCUUCCUUGAGGUUGUAAUCUUGAGAGAGAAAUGCGACGGGAUCGAUUAAGAAAUCUUUGAAUUGAGUCUUCAAAUUCGUUAAACGAGCUUUGUCUUUGUCUAAUUUAUUUAAUCAUUGUUUCGGGAAUAAUUUUAUCGGUCAAUUUUGUGUAUAAUGAGAAAUAAUCAUUUGUAAUAGCACGUAAAGUUCUUAGCAAGUUCGAUCACAAAAUCCAUAUUAAUUGGUUUUGCGAAGAAAUUUUGAUCGGCCGAUUCCGCGCACACCACUUUUCUCUCAAUGAGAACAUAAAUAUAUUUCGUAGAGAAAACUUCCAGUGAGCUAUACAAGGUAACUCUUACUGCCUAACUAAUGUUCGUUAUUUCGCAUCGUAAUCGUAAUAUUUGUAGUAUUGUACGGAAUUGCGGGCGGCGGUAAGACAAGAAGAAGACAAGAGGAUGAAACGCGAAAGCGAAGAGAGAAGAGAAAAAAAAGUUUAUGUUUACGCGAAACAACGCAGUAACAGUAUUAUCCAUAUACAGACGCAAAAAGUGAUUUAGACAAGAUAUGUAAAUAUCGCAUAUCACGCCUCCUUAUCUGACUGCGAUACAAAGCGCCAAGCUUUUAAAAAGAAAAAAGACGAAAGGAAGUGAGAAAGAGGAAAAGGGAGAUCGAGAAAAUCUCUCAAGUUUUUCUACUCUUGUACAGAAAGAUGCAUGAAGAUUUAGCAACGAGAAAAUAAUAUUUGUCAGCAGAAAAGCCUCUGUGUUAAUAUGUGCAUAUUACGUAUGUGCAGUCCCUUGACAAAAUGUUCGAUCUUGCAGUUUUAACGAUUUAAUCACGCGGAUUCUGAAAGUUUCCAACACUGCCAAUAAGUUUAAAGAAAUAUGUCUUCGUUCGUUAGAAUUGUUUGAAUCUGGUCUUUAAUAGAAAAGAAGACUGGUGCAUUUUCAAUUCUCUCUCUCCCUAUAUAUACAUACACGAGGGACAAACGCGACUAUUCUGUCUUUUCAAUAGUUGUGUCUAAAAAGAUAACACAAGAAUGAACGAGGCAAUAUUUUACGUUUUUUGCAUAACACAGAAAGGUAUAUUUUUACUUAUUUCCCGACAGCGUAAUUUACUAUAUACGAUGAGGACAAUAUAAUGAUAAAAGAAUGGAUCAAGAUUCCUACUGUACAGAGAGAUCAUUAGCCUGUUGAUGUUUAGAUUUAGGAGAGGCGCAAUUUGUUGCUGGACCCAACUCAUUUCAGAGUUAUUUUUAUAGAAGAAAUGACUCAUUGGUUCGAAUGUGAUUUUUCUUAUAAGUAUUACUAUUAUACAUGGACUGCUUUAAUGGCCAACGUAAGUAUAAGAGAGAGAUGUAACUUGUUAAGGAUAGCAGGGCGAUCCCGAGCAACACGGAGGUCUUAAAAAAAAAAAAAAAAAAAAAAAA